AUGGACUCGCUAAAUCAUCUCAUCCUCAAAGAGGCACCCCAGCUAGAUCCCGCCUGGCUUGUCUAUGAAGAAGCGAACCUCAGGACCCCGAAGACGUACGCCUCGCCGCUCGAUCGCCAGCCCGUUUACGCAGGAGAGUGCAGACAGCUUAACGCCCGCAUGCUGGCCCCCGGCGCGCCGUAUGAUCAUCUCUCGCACGUCUCGACGCAGCAGCUGGCCGUCCCGUCAAGCCUUGACGGUUUCGCCAUUCCGAUCCUUCGCUUAUUCAACCACAGCCCCGAGGCGACGCCCGACGACCAUGGGAUCGUGGUGGUCUACUACCACGGCGGAGGCCUCUGCGUAGGCGAAGCCGACAGCGAAGAGCUCUCAUGCAGGCGGAUCGUUCACGACUUCCCAGGCGCGUCUGUCUAUUCCGUGGGGUACAGGCUCAUGCCGGCCUACCCGGCCUCGACGUGCGUAUCUGACUCCCUAGACGCCUUCGCCCACGUCCGCUCGCUCCACCCGUUGGCGACGAAGAUCAUCCUCCUCGGAUCCUCGAGCGGCGGCCAGCUCGCCGCCACCGUGUCGCAACACGCGCCGCGGGGCAGCUUCCACGGCGUCGUCCUCCGAUGUCCCGUGACCAGCGACGGCGGCAGCUCUCUGGCCUUCGUACCGGAACGUCUCCGGCACGCUUACACCUCCGCAUCGCCGGCCUUCGCCACGAGUCUUCUGGGUGUAUUUGGGCGCGCCGUACCGAGAGACGGGCUAGAGAGAAUGCCGCUCGAGGCCGGGGAUGAGGAGCUGCGGGGAAUGCCGAGGACGUGGGUUCAGGUGUGUAGCAACGACACGCUGUACUCAGACGGAGUCUGUUAUGCGAUGGCGUUGAGAGAAGCCGGGAUCGAGGUCCGGGUUGAAGUUGUGACGGGGUGGCCGCACACAUUUUGGUUGAAGGCGCCCGGGUUGACGAGGGCAGUCGAGGCGGAAGGCGAGAUGGUGGAGGGCUUGAGAUGGGUUCUCGAGGGUUAA